AUGGAUCGGAGCAAACGGAAUUCAUUUGCAGGAUUUCCUCCACGUGUGGAGCGUCUUGAGGAUUUUGAAGGAGGUGGUGGAGGGGAUGGGAACAUGACCCAAGUGGGAAGAAUUUGGCCCUCCUCAUAUCGAGCUCUUAUAAGUGCCUUUUCCAGACUGACACGUUUAGAUGACUUCACCUGUGAAAAAAUAGGGUCUGGCUUCUUCUCUGAAGUGUUCAAGGUGCGCCACCGAGCUUCCGGCCAGGUGAUGGCUCUUAAGAUGAACACGUUGAGCAGUAACCGGGCAAACAUGCUGAAAGAAGUGCAGCUCAUGAAUAGACUCUCCCAUCCCAACAUCCUUAGGUUCAUGGGUGUGUGUGUACAUCAAGGACAGUUGCAUGCACUCACAGAGUAUAUCAACUCUGGAAACCUGGAACAGUUGCUAGACAGUAACCUGCAUUUGCCCUGGACUGUGAGGGUGAAACUGGCUUAUGACAUAGCAGUGGGCCUCAGCUACCUUCACUUCAAAGGCAUUUUCCAUCGGGACCUCACCUCUAAGAACUGCCUGAUAAAGAGGGAUGAAAACGGUUACUCUGCAGUGGUGGCUGACUUUGGCCUGGCUGAGAAGAUCCCUGACGUCAGCACGGGAAGUGAGAAGCUAGCUGUGGUGGGCUCACCCUUCUGGAUGGCACCUGAGGUUCUCCGAGAUGAGCCCUACAAUGAAAAGGCGGACGUGUUCUCUUAUGGUAUCAUCCUCUGUGAGAUCAUCGCCCGCAUCCAGGCUGAUCCAGACUAUCUUCCCCGAACAGAGAAUUUCGGGCUAGACUAUGAUGCUUUCCAGCACAUGGUGGGAGACUGUCCCCCUGACUUUCUGCAGCUCACCUUCAACUGCUGUAAUAUGGACCCCAAACUACGCCCAUCCUUUGUGGAGAUUGAGAAGACCUUGGAGGAAAUUCUGAGCCGCCUACAGGAGGAAGAGCUGGAGAGGGACAGGAAGCUGCAGCCCACAGCCAAGGGACUCUUGGAGAAAGGACCUGGGGUGAAGCGACCGAGCUUACUGGAUGACAAGAUACCUCCCAAGUCCCCACGCCCAAGACGUACCAUCUGGCUGUCUCGAAGCCAGUCAGACAUUUUCUCCAAUAAGCCCCCACGUACAGUGAACGUCUUGGAUCCCUACUACCAGCCACGAGUUGGUGCUGCCCGAGCCCCCAAAAUCAACCCUUUUAGUGCUCGCCAGGACCUCAAAGGUGGCAAGAUCAAGUUCUUUGACCUGCCCAGCAAGUCUGUCAUCUCCCUGGUAUUUGACCUGGAUGCACCAGGGCCUGGAACGAUGCCUAUGGCUGACUGGCAGGAGCCCCUGGGCCCACCUUCUCGCCGGUGGCGUUCUUUGCCUAGUUCACCUGAGUUCUUGCAUCAGGAGGCUUGUCCAUUUGUGGGCCGGGAAGAAUCACUAUCUGAUGGGCCCCUACCACGCCUCAGCAGUCACAAGUACAGAGUAAGGGAGAUCGCACCAUUCCGAGCAACUGCCCAGCCAGCUGCUCCAGCCCAUGAGGCCAUGGACUGCUCCAACCCUCAGGAAGAAAAUGGUUUUGGGCCCAGGCCCCAGGGCAUCAGUCCAUGCCUUGCAGGUGCCCCUGAGGAGAUGGAGGUAGAAGAAGAAAGGCCAAGAGACUCGGCUCCAGUCCCCUUCUCUGUCUCAGGCAUGGGCCUGAGGACCCAGGGAGAGCAGGAUGGGUGA